AUGGGAUCCGGCGGUCGCAACUCGGGCGAGUCGGAGCGCAAACUCGAGGGUGGCGUGUCGGAGAAGCAAUUGCCUGCCCCAGCCCAGGCUCAGGCGCCGAAGGGUGAUGGAGGGCUGCAUCCAGCAGUGUUCAUCGCGCUAUGGAUUGCAUUGAGUUCUAGCGUGAUCUUGUUCAACAAGUGGAUCCUUUCUUCUGCCAAGUUCAUCUACAAGCACGACGACAUUGCCACUGCUCUUGCUUACGAGUUCCAAGCUCUCUUCUUGACGACGUGGCACAUGGUGUUUGCUGCGCUCAUGACGCAGAUUCUCGCGCGUGCAACGCCUUACCUGGACUCGAGACACAAGGUCCCGAUGACGCCGCAGAAGUACAUGAGCGCCAUUGUGCCCAUCGGUAUCAUGUUCAGUUUGAGCUUGAUCUUCGGCAACGUGGCAUAUAUGUACCUCAGUGUCUCCUUCAUCCAGAUGCUCAAGGCUUCUAAUGCUGUUGCUACCCUCCUCGCCACAUGGGUCUUUGGCCUUGCACCGCCAAGCAUGAGGACUUUCGCCAACGUCUCAGCAAUCGUUGUCGGUGUCGCCAUUGCCUCCUGGGGAGAGAUCAAGUUUGACCUGACUGGCUUCCUCUUCCAAGCAGCCGGCAUCGUGUUCGAGGCUACCCGCCUGGUCAUGGUGCAGCGCCUCUUGAGCUCGGCGGAGUUUAAGAUGGAUCCAAUGGUGUCCCUCUACUACUUUGCACCGGCUUGCGCCGUCAUCAACGGUGUCUUCACGCUCUUCGUCGAAGCGCCCAAGAUGAGCAUGCUGGAUAUUUACAGCCUGGGCUUUGGCACUCUCAUCGCCAAUGCGUUCGUUGCCUUCGGACUCAAUGUUGCCGUUGUGCUUCUGAUCGGCAAGACCUCAGCUGUCGUCCUGACGCUCUCCGGCGUGCUAAAGGAUAUCCUCCUCGUUAUUGCUUCCAUGGCCAUCUUCAAGGACCCUGUUGCUCCAACGCAGUGGUUCGGCUACUCCAUUGCUCUCGGUGGCCUGAUGUACUACAAGCUCGGCGGCGAGAAGCUCAGGUCGCUCGGCACAGAUACGAGACUGGCUGUGGGCGGCUUUCAGCAGGAGCAUCCAAUGGCCUCCAAGGCGCUUGUGUUGCUUGCGGUGGUUGGCAGCAUCGCGUUCCUGGUGCUUGAGGUCUGGCCUGCUGUGAUGGCGUGA